UACAACUUGCCUACAACGUGGAGUUGUAGAAAGAAAUUAUGCAGAUGACUUUUCAGUAUUUUAGAAUUAUUUAAAUUUUUUAACAUAUCGUAAACAUGGCACCACAACAAAAAGGAAAAGUUGGUACUAAAGGUGCUAAGCAAAUUGUUGCCGAAAAUAUAUCCACUUUAAACUAUUAUCGAAAUAUGGCUUUAGGAGCAAACACUAUUAAUUUGAUUGGAUUAUGUAUAUUUUCGAAUAUAUUUACAUGGUCUGCAAUUUUACUUUUGAUAUUUUCAUCCACUAUUUACAUCGCAGCUUUCCAAUUUAUGAAAUAUAUAGCACGAACAACAAUUGCAGAAAAUGGUCAAAUUUUGGAUAGUGGUACUGACUUAAAUAUGGAAGGAGGCUUAGCAGAGCACGUGAAAGAUUUAAUAAUAUUAACAGCUGGCUGUCAAUUAUUAGCAUUAAUAUCAAAUUACUUUUGGCUAUUAUGGCUUCUUGCACCAAUACGUGGUUUUUGGUUACUAUGGGUGAAUUUAUUAUCACCAUAUUUCUUCCAACAAGCACCACCAAACGAAGAAGAGAAAAAUGAAAAGAAACAAAAGAAAUUAGAACGUAAAAUGAGACGAAUGCGUUAAAAAUGUAUGACUGAAACGUUUUGUUCAUCCUUUUUUUUUGUUAUUUAUUUAUUUUUGUUUUGGCUGGUCACGUAAUUUAAUAGAUAUUGGUUUAUAAUUUUUGUUUUUAGUUUGAAUAUUACACAUUGAGCGUAUAAUUUGAAAGACAAAUUUAUAUACACAGUUUUUGAUUUGACCCAUUAUUUUGCAUAUUUUUGGAAAAAAUCAGUUUAUUAGUGUGACUCUUA